AUGCAGAAAAAUACUGCGGACUCCGGACAGCAACCGAAAAACGGUCAAUCGCCUCAAAGUAAGUUUGACUUUCCAUGCUUCUGACUAUUUACUUAACUUCUUCAGACGUUAUCGCACUUCUUCCACAAGAUGAAAGCGACAUUGUUUAUGUGGGAGAGUCGGCGCUGGAGUAUGGCAGUACCAUGCCCAUGUCAGAGUGUUAGUUUGACCUUUCACGUUUCUAAUACAAUUGUUCUCUUUUUUCAGAUGAGAGUAUUGCUGUGCGAGAGGAGAGAGUCAGUAAUGUCGAUAUGGAGCAGUACCCACAGCGUCAGUUACAUUCGAUGUGUUUCUUACACUAUUUCUCCAGCUUUUUCAGUCAUAAUCGCGCGCCUCUACAAAGAGCAGGGAAAAAUCGUGUAUGUUGGACAACUGGCGCAGAUGGACGCGGAGGGAAACCCGCUCCCACAAUGUUAGUUGGGCGUUCAAUGCUUCUCGUACAAUCUCUCACACUUUUCCAGAUGAGAUGGUUGGUCAGAAAAAAGACGGACUCGGAGAGCCGGAGCAGAUGAAUAGGGAUGCCAUCUUGCUGCCGCAGUGUGAGCUUGAAUUUUCAUACCUUUGGCACGACUUCUUUCACAUUUCAGACAAACUUGUCGUUUUGCCACAAGGAAUGCAAAACAUUGUUGAUGUGUAUGGCAAACCACUCCCAGAAUGUAAGUUGAAGUUUUCGGGUUUCUGACACGGCAUACCUCACAUUUUCAGAUAACAUGUAUCGCCUCGAACAACAACAGGAGAAGAUCAACGACGUCAAAGAGCAACCGAUGGAAGUUGACGCAGACUGUAAGUUUGGACUUUUCAUGCUUCUGAUACAGCUUACUUACUUGGUAUUUGGAGUUCGUUUGAUCAAGCGAUGUGAUUGUUUCACACACUGCGGACAAAGUCCGUCCAUUUUGGACAGUCGCAGGCGUAGGAGGACCACGUGAUUUUCGGAACCAGAUUUCCCUCUCUUUUCCUUCCUGGGAUGUUUCCGGCUUCUGCCAACUCGUCCUAGUGUGCCUUCAGAGCGUCCUCGGCCAUUGAAACGAGGGGACUUGUAACUCCAUAGCCUUUUCAAGACUAAGGAGGACCAAUUUAAUUUGAAGUUUCCAUGCUUUUGAGACGGCAGCGCUCACUUUUUCAGAUAACAUGUAUCGCCUCCAACAACAAGAGGAGAAGAUCACCGACGUCGGAGAGAAACCGAAAGAAGUUGACGUUGGAAACCGUGUGCCAGAAUGUAAGUUUUGACUAUUUAUUCUUCUGAUACAACUCCUCUCACUUGUUCAGACAUCUCCGCUGAUUUGCCAGCGGUUGUGGUCCCGACAAAAUCUGGCGAGGUGAUGCAGUGCGGAGAGCCAAUCUACACAUCGAACUUUUGGAGAUGGACUCUGACUUCAACAGUUUUUGAGAAUCCGAUCGUGUCCAGCAGAUUGCUGUACACCUGGGAGUACUGA